AGUCAGUGAAUCUAUGGCGGCGUCCUCUCUCAGGCGUCAUACUGGUACACAAGCAAUAAGUGCCUCGCAAUCCCUGGAAUCCUUCCAGCGAGUAUGGCUCGGCUCCCGAUUGUCGCGGCCCUUCCCGCGCCGAUUGGGUAUGUUGAUAUCGCCGAAAGGCACCCAAGCGUAGGAGCGCUAGAUUCUCAUGCUGAUAAUCUGUAGGUCUGGCAGUCAGUGGCGGCGCAGACUCCAUGGCGUUAGCAUAUCUCAGUAAACAAUGGGAAAAGAGUCGACCGAAUGAUAUAUCCGUCACAGCAUUCGUCGUCGACCACAAAGCGAGAGAAGAGAGCACCCGCGAAGCUAACAUGGUCUCACAAUGGCUUCAAGACAUCGGUAUCUAUGCUCCUUUAUACGCCCUAUCACUCAAUACCAAACCAACGCUAACCAAAACACCAGGAAUCAAAUCUGAGAUUCUCGAACUGACCUGGCCUGAAAACACUAGGUCACCAUCCAAAGUGACCGCGUUCGAGACGCAUGCCCGCAGACUCCGUUUCCAAGCGCUGGGCAAAGCAUGUCGAGACCACCAGAUCGAAGCCCUUCUAAUGGGUCACCACCAAGACGACACCGUCGAGACGACACUCUGGCGUCUCUGCACCGGAGCCAAAGGCGCCGGCCUAGCAGGCAUCCCCCAAGUGACACGCAUCCCCGAAUGCCACGGUAUCUACGGCGUCUCUGAGAGCGGGUCAUCAUACACGAUCCCGUCCGGACCUCAACAGCCGAGAAACGACACCACCGUCUCAACAGGCGGAAUCCUCAUCUGUCGUCCCCUCCUCUCCUUCCCUAAGUCUAGCCUUCUAGCAACCUGCCACGAAAACAACAUCCCCUACGUCUCUGACCCUACCAAUUUCGACCCAACCUUAACCCCCCGCAACGCAAUCCGCAGCCUCCUGGCUGAGAACAAACUCCCAAAGGCCCUCCAAGGCCCUUCUAUUCUAUCUCUGAUCAACUCAAGCCAAUCCCUCCUCCGGAACUCAACAUCCCUCUCAAACACCCUCCUCACCUUCUGCAAGAUCAACCAUCUAAAUCUCCCCGCCGGAACAAUCACCCUCACCUUCCCUUCAACACCAAUAGACCCAACCUCCUUCCUCAACACAGCCACCAACAACACCAAACCCAAACCCAAAGACAACGACAAAGCAAACCAAAGAACCCACCAGAUCAAAUGCCUCACCCUCCGCCGAAUAACCGACCUCCUUGCCCCAUUCCCCGAGAAUCACUUCCCUCUCCGCAGUUUCGAGUCCUUCACGGACCUUGUGUUUCCACCCCAGGACCAGCCGGACCCUAAACAAAGGAAACCGUUCACGCUGGGUGGGGUAAUGUUCCAACCCAUGAACACCAAGGGAAACCGAGAUGAAGCAGAUCAGAGUGUCGAGGGUGGCAAUACCUGGCUCUUAUCCCGCCAACCGUUCAUGCGGAACCGGUUGCCUACUCUGCGGGUUGAGGUUCCGAUUUCAGGGCUUCCGGCGGGCUAUACGUCCUGGAGGCUUUGGGAUAAUCGGUUCUGGUUUCGGUUUGGUAUUGUCCCCGAACAGGGUUCCCGUGGAGCUGGGGUUGAGGUGGCUCAAGAUACUUCCAAAGGGGAGGUGAUAUCCUUACUUGUCCGUCCAUUUCAGCCAUCGGAUCUUCAGGUGAUUCGAAGGGUUAUUGAUGAGCGGGGAGGGCGCUCGGAGAAGAAGAAAAAGAAGAUGGACCCUGCGUUGGUUGGAGUGUUGGAUCAGCUUGGACAUGAAGCGCCCGGACAGACUCGGUUUACUCUUCCCAUGGUGGUAGUUGAGAAGGGUUCUUGUGGACUUGAGUAUGACUUGCCCGUGGGGUUGCCGACGUUGGAUUUGUGGUUUCCUGGGAUGUGGGAGUCUUUACAGAUGCCCGGGAGAUUACGGUGGGAGUGGAUGUAUAAGAUGCUGGACAACGAGCCGGUGAAAUUGAUGGGCUGGCUGUAAGCUAUUGGAGUUAUACUACAUUAUAGAAGGAGAGUGAAAUAUGACAUAGUGAAGGUGACAAGACAGGAGGAGUACAAGUGAAGUAAAGAUAGUAACUGAAGGACACAGAAAGA